UUUUAAGCCCAAUCUCAUUAUUUUUAAGUAUAUGAUUUACAUUUUUAGUGCACAGAACAGUUGUUUUUGCCAUUUUUAAUAAUAAUGAAUAAUUAAUAAGCACAUCAUGUAUUAUUAACACACCACAUAAGCCACGCCCCCAAACAAAUCGCGCAAAAGAACAGAAUGUCCCUUUCAAGUACCUUUAAACGUGACAUAUUGUGUGAUCCCAGAUAUAUAUAUAUAAUGACAAAAACAUUUAUCGUCCAUUAUAAACGUUUAUUUUCUGACAGAAAUAAAUCGCUUGCUCUGAGGAGGUUUGAAUGAACGGGGGGCUGUAAAUUCCUCAGGGGGUGAGAGUGGGAAGGGCCGAACUGAACACGAGCUUUUGGGCUGAUAGCGAAGCCCUACUGAAUUUCCCAUCAAAUAAAUCCCAGUUUUUGGUAUUCUAUUUACAAUAAUUAUCACAUUAAACUAGAGAUACAGGUACACCGUCGCAGUGAUGGGAGGCAACAGCAGCUCGCGCCACGUUUCCCUCGACGAUGAAGCCGAUGAGGUAACAUUCGUAAAGGGCAUUCGGCUUUCAGAGAGAGUGAUUGAACGAAUGAAGGAGUCUCCACCUGUGGUUCGCCCGCAAGCACCAACCAGAUCCUUUAUGCAGUCACCAUCAACUCCUCCUGUGGCUCCUCCAGUUGAGUGUUCGUUUCCAGAUGAACGUCAUGUGCCCAUAAUGCCUCAUUCUCCCUCAUACGCUAGUGCUUUGGUCCCUCCUCCUAUUUCAAAGCCAAUAACACCUUUAGUGCCUCUUGUGACUGAGGAAACAUCUACACCACCUUCAUCUGUAGAUUCACCUACAGGUAAUAAGCAUGUAGUUGUACCCGAUCCUCAACCUGGAUCUGCUAACAUACUUGUACCUGAUCCUCAACCUGGAUCUGCUAACGUACUUGUACCUGAUCCUCAACCUGGAUCUGCUAACGUACUUGUACCUGAUCCUCAACCUGGAUCUGCUAACGUACUUGUACCUGAUCCUCAACCUGGAUCUGCUAACAUACUUACACCUGAUCCUCAACCUGCUGAACCCAUAAAUGCUCCUUCACGAGUCUCAAGUGAACCACUAACUGCUCCUUCAUUAGAGGAACCAACCAGUGCACCUGUUGAACCCUUAAUUCCACCUCCUGUCGCAACCUCUACUACUGAACCUGUAACCAUUCCACCUUCACCAACCACAGACCCACUUACUGGACCUGUAACAUCUUUAGAGUCCUCUGUUGUACCUGUAGUUGUACCUACUGAACUUCUCGUUCCAACUGCUGAACCGAUUGAACCUGUAGAGACUCCAUCUUCUUCUACUUUAUCUGCUGAACCAACAUCUGCCGACCCCAUGGACAUACCGGUUCCUUCACCUGUCGAGCUUGAGACUUCACCCUUUCCAAUCUCCAUACCUGAUCCCAUUCCAUCAAUCCUGGAGGAGUCUACUGUGUCACCAUCUGGAUCUGCUUCAGAUGAGGUUUCACCUGAUGAAAUGCCUUCCAAGACGCAAAUGGAUCCACCUUCAACUGAAGAAGUUCCUCCAGUUGAGGAACCUGUUGUUCCUCCCUUAAUUGACCAAGUUGAGGUCUUUCAACCUCAAACACAUGUUGUGAAUGAGGAAAUGCUCCGGAAGCAGAUUAGAGAAGAUCUCCAGAAGCUCCUGAACGAGGAGAUGAAGACGGCAGAGCGUAAUAUGCUACAACAGCUGGAGGAAGAGAAAGCUAAAGCUAAGGCCCAGGCUCAAGCUGCAGCCCAACUCCAGAUUCAGGAAGAGGUCCAGAAGGUUCUGGAAGAGGAGAAGGUGUCCUAUCAACAGACUCUAGCUGACGCCAUUAGGAGGGAGCAGGUGAACGUUCAGGAUGAGCGUCUCAUAACUCAGUAUUAUUGGAUGGAGAGGAAGGCUCAGAAGCUGGAUGAGAAGGAGAAAGAUCUGAAAAAUCAGGACACUCUGUUCCGGGAGCAGAUUGCCAAGAUGCAAGAAAAGGCGGCUCAGUUCACUAAAGUCACAGCUGAAAAUUACAGGAAAGGCUUAGAAGAUGCAACAAAUCGCUUCAGGCGAUACCAAAUCCAGCCAGUGUGUUUGGAUCUACAGAGUCAGAUAAUGAAGUGUUACGCUGAGAAUAAAGGUCAAACCAUGAGCUGUUCCAACAUCGCAUCACUGUACAUUCAGUGUGUGGACCGCGCCAAACAGGAUAAAAAGUUAAGCACUGGAGGUUAACUUACCGGGCUGAACAUCAGAUCUACAGUGUCAUGGUGAAAGACAAAGGGCAGAAAAUACACACAUCUAAACCAGUCCUAAAACUCCAGACCUUUAUAGCUAAAUGUGCCAGUUCAACAUUUUCCACUGGAAGCGUGAGGGAAUUUCAUCCCUACAGAAAAAGAAAAGGAAGUUUUCUCAUUUCAGCAGUUUUGAAUAUGCAUGAAUAGCCAUGAUUGGACAUUGAUAGUGAAAUACCUCAAUCUCUUUUAACUGUGAACUGUGAGCUAAAUGCUAAAUGUUUUCAGGUGCUAUCGAGAGCGUUGUUUGUCUGCACAGACGUAGUGAUGUUUCUUGCUCAGUAUCCCUUGAUUUUUCAGAAAAACACUGCACAAUUUUUUUCCAAGACCAAAACGUACAAAGCGAUGCAAAAUCUGGAAGCUGCUGUGUGAUGAUGACACAUUUUUGCAUAGUAAAAAAUUUGUGCCUUUUCCUUUGAAA